AUGCCCCGUUGCGCCCUCGUUACCGGCUGCAGCGCCGGAGGCAUCGGCUCAGCGCUAGUGGAGGAACUCCACGCCCAAGGGCUGAGAGUCUACGCGACAGCCCGCUCCCCAGCCAAGAUGAACCACCUUGUCAAACUUCCCAAUGUCACUCUCGUCACCCUCGACGUCGUCGACCCGGCCAGCAUUGCCGCUGCCGUCGAUACCGUCCGCCAGGAUUUGUCUUCAAGUGGUGACUCUCUCGACGUUCUCAUCAACAACGCCGGCCAAUCCCUCGUCUAUCCCGCCCUGGACACCUCCAUAGACGAGGCCAAGCGUCUUUUCGAUGUAAAUUUCUGGGGUGUCAUCGCUGUCACCCAGGCUUUCACGCCGUUGCUUCAGGCGGCCAAGAAUGGCGGUACCCUCGUGAACGUCUGCUCCAUCUCAGGCUUCUUGUACGCCCCCUGGAUGAGUGUCUACAACGCCUCAAAAGCCGCUCUAAUGUCUUGGAGUGAGACUCUCCGGCUAGAACUGCAGCCCUUCAACAUCCGGGUUAUUUCCCUGAAGGCGCUCUCGGAUAUUCAAUUACGUGGCGUCGGGAAGGAUGUCUCGAGUAAGAGCGCGCCGGCAGACUUUGCUCGCGAGGUUGUCAAGGAUGUCUUGGCCGGAGCGUCGGGACCGGUGUGGCGUGGCGCGAUGGCUUCCAUAGUGAAGUUUAUGUCCAAUUACAUGCCGACAACCGUUUUAGACCGGGCAAUGAGUAGGGGAACUGGGCUGGACAAGCUGCCUUGA